AUGCAGUUGAUGUUGAUCAGUGUUCGAGUAAACUUUUCCCCUCACAGACUGUUGAAAAGUCCUGAAGCAGAAGAAGUCUGUGGUCGUCUGACUAAAGUUUUAGAGACAAACCCCUUAUUGCAGACGCAUCUGAACCUGAGGGGGAAAAUAAAAGGAGACUCAGAAGUGGAGCAGCUCUCUGCUCUACUGAAGGAUCCACACUGCAGAGCUGAGAAACUCACACUGACUGAAUGUAAUCUGAUGAUGGAAAGCUGUAAAGCUCUGGCUGAAGUUCUCAGUUCACACCGUUUUCUAACUGAGUUGGACUUGAGUAAGAACGGCCUACAGAAUUCAGGUGUCCAGCAAUUAUCUGAAGGACUGAAGAACCAAAGCUGCAUUCUGAAGAUAUUAAGACUGACUGAAUGUAAUCUGAUGAUGGAAAGCUGUAAAGCUCUGGCUGAAGUUCUCAGUUCACACCGUUUUCUAACUGAGUUGGACUUGAGUGAGAACGGCCUACAGAAUUCAGGUGUCCAGCAAUUAUCUGAAGGACUGAAGAACCAAAGCUGCAUUCUGGAGAUAUUAAGGUACAGUAAUAUCUCACUAUAUAAGCAGUGCAGAGCGAUCAGCUCCGAUAUAAACCUCAAAGCGAUCAGUUGUUGA